UAUGCAAGCUGCACAAUUCUUUCGUUUUUUCGAGAUUUUUGUAUUUGUAGCACAAAAGAUCGCGUGUUAAUUAAGUUUAAAACCAAAGUCUUAAGCUAGUGCUAAAACAACCUUCGUCUCAUUCGGAUCAACAAUGCAAACGAUGUUAGUUGGUCUAGUGUCUUUCGUGCUAAUUUGUAGCGAUGUCUUCGGUGCCCCUGCGAUAGAGAACAACGAUGUCCAAUUGAAGGUCGUCCAGGAGUCCAACAACUACAAGACGGAUGAGUUUAGCUGGGAAUAUGAACUCAGCGAUGGUCGUCAGGUGCGUCAAAAUGCAUACGUGAAAAAACUAGAAGAUGGUACGGCAGUGCUGGUCAUCAACGGAUAUUACAGCUACAUUGGUCCUGAUGGUGUUAAGCAAACAGUGAGCUAUUAUGCAGAUGAAACUGGAUAUCAUCCUCAUAUUACCGUUGGAGAAUUAGCUCCUCCGCCACCUGUACUCGGAAUCGAUCCGAAGGUGCUUAUUUCUUUAGUAGGUUAAAGAAUUUGUGAAAAUGGCAGAACAUGAAGAUGAAUAGAAACAUUUUGUAUUUAAUAAAAGAAGUAAUACAAAUUUGAGUUUUCUCAA